AUUUUUCUGAGAUGGCAUCAAGAGGCUGCAAGCAUCCUGUAGACGCAUUUUGCUAUAUCCGCGGCCAAUUUACCAAGAUAAGAGCGAAAAAGUACUCUGUUAAAGUAUCUGCUAAGAUGUGUGAGGCUUAUAAGGCACAUUUCGACAUGCCUGUCGGGGAUCAAGACAAACCCUUUGCACCUCAUUUCACCUGCGAGCAAUGCAAAAAAACUCUGGAAGGAUGGUACGGAGGGGAAAAGCGAGCGAUGAAGUUCGCUAUCCCAAGAAUUUGGUGGGAACCCACUGACCACUCAAGCAACUGCUACUUCUGCAUGCUGGACCAUUCCAAACGUCGGACUGGCAAGAAUGCACCUUCUAUCACGUAUCCGGAUCUUCCUUCAUCCAUCGCCCCUGUGCCACACUGCCAUGAGCUCCCCGUACCCACUCCUCCGGAGAGAGAGCAGCUGUCUUUAGAAGAGAGCAGCAAGUCAGAGAGCGAGGAAGACGUUGUAAAUCUAGAUUACAAUUUCAGAGGGGGUGCUGAGGAGAGAAACCCAUACUACCCCAACGACUUGAUCAGAGAUCUUGGUCUCACCAAGUCCAAUGCUGAGCUUUUGACGUCCAGGCUCAAGCAGUGGAACUUGUUGGAUGAAAGUGUGCAAUUCGCAGAUCAGAGAAAGCGUCAGCAACCUUUUUGCAGCUUCUUCACCCGUCAAGAUGGGCUCUGUUUCUCUCACAAUGUGGGCAGUCUGGUCGAGGCAAUUGGAAUCGCCUGUCAUCAGAAUGAGUGGCGCCUCUUCAUUGACAGCUCAUCCAGGAGCCUCAAAGCCGUGCUGCUCUAUAAUGGUAACAAGUACCUGUCUCUUCCCUUGGCUCACUCGGUGCACCUCAAAGAGGAUUACAACAGCAUCAAGACCUUGCUGGACGCCUUGAAGUAUGAUGAGUACGGCUGGGAGGUCAUCGGAGACUUCAAAAUCGUGUCAUUCCUGAUGGGUUUCCAAGGCGGUUUUACCAAGUUUCCCUGCUAUCUUUGCCUUUGGGACAGCAGGGACACCAAGGCGCACUACCACAGUUGUGACUGGCCAAAGAGGACCGAGUUUCUCUUUGGGGAGGAACAACUUCAAGUGGGAGCCACUGGUGGACCCCCGGAAAGUGCUGAUGUCAUCACUGCACAUCAAAUUGGGCCUCAUGAAACAAUUUGUCAGAGCUGUUGAUAAGGAGUCGGCAGCCUUCAAGUACCUUCAAGACUUCUUCCCUAAGCUGUCUGAGGCAAAGGUCAAAGCCGGUGUCUUCUUCGGACCACAGAAAAAGAAGAUCUUGGAG